UCUACAGCUUACGACAUUGUAAAUCAGGAUGAUCAAGAACGAAAAACCAUAGAAUCUAUUGUUGGAACGAUAGCUAAACAAGAAGGUGUUGGACACCGACAAGGCAGCUGGAUUGUAACAGAAGAGCCUACUCAAGAUGGGAAUCAAAAUCUCAAAAAAGGACAAUGGGCUGCUGAUAGGGAUAGAAUUACUUCCAAUGAAGGGCAGGCCAAGACCAAAAGGUCGCUAAAUGACGGCGUAAUUUUUGUGGUCGAAGAAGAUCCCGACUAUCAUAGUCGCCAACAAAUUUCAUUGCAGGAAAUGGACUUAUCAAACACAAAUUUUAGAAGGGAGAGAGAAUUAAAUCCAAAAAUUCUUGAAGAUAUAGCCCACAAAUUAGCCGAGGGAUCUCUAGGCCCCUUUGACAUUGUUGAGGAAGAAAAAUCUCAUACAUACAAGCACAGACUGGAGAAGAGGUCUGGGCAUGACAUCGACGAUGCAACAACGCGGCAGUUACCUGUUUUUUCUCGUCAUACUAUAUCAAAGAGAUCUUCAGACGAUUCUAGCCAAUCAUACAACAAAGAAGAUGUUGCUGCAAGGCUGGAAGAAGGAGAACAGUAUUUGGACAAUAUUCUGUACAACUUUGAGUCAAGUCAACGAAAUAUACUGGCCAGUAUGGCUAGGCUAGAUAAUCACAGGGGUGAUUGGAACAAAACUCCGUGUGCUAAGAAGAUCUUCUGUGACGUCAUGGUGAACCAGCCAGCUGAUGCUCUCAUGCUUAUGGAGAAGAAGAUGGCCACCUUUCUGUCCCUGAUCCAACCCAAUGAAGCUGUGUCAUAUCACCUAAGUGACGUCAUGGAUGCUGUAAAGAGGCAUGACUGCUCCGAGUUCAUUUGUCUCGGCGCUGUGGACCACAGUAGGGUUGACACACCCACCCAAGGACCCGGUCCGAGAUAGACAAGCAACCGGCAGAAACGCAGUGAAAAGAUGACAAGAAGAAGGGGUCUUGAACUCCAGAUAGACGAUUAAUUUUUGUCCGAAGUGAAUGCAAAAAUAUAAGCAAGGAGUUUUGUGUAACUUGCGAAAUUAUGCCAUAAUAAAAUUUCGUGUUAGGGUCAUUGCCUAUAAACUCGAACACGAUUAGUGUAUAAAUUAUCGCCGCCCAAGCAUAUCAGUAGUUGACUGAAUGUAUGCAGAUGAAGCAGCAGUGUGGGCCGCGAAACAAGUGAUUUUCGAUUAUCGAACCGUUCUUCGAUCCCGUUUCGGUCGAAUAAUCGAGAAUGUACUGUAAUGCGGAUGAUCUAAGAACAGACGUAUCCCAGCAAACUGUGUACACAUUAUCAGUAUUGGUCUUCUGGGGUGUAACAUCAUGUGGAUCUGUAGACAUCUAGCUACAAGUUCACACAGCAUUAGACACAUAGACUAUGUGUAAAAUGACUGCGUGGAGUAUAAUUGUUAGGUUCCCAAAAAUCGAAACAUGUACUACACUUGCCCGUUGGACUUACAAAUCAGAGUUAUUGAUUUUGUAGUCAAUACGACACUACAAUGGAAAGCAGCCGGAGUUAUGUAAAAUAAAAAGAAAUUUUAUAUAUUUUACUACAUAUAAACUUCCGAAGGUUAAAUUAUUCGACCGCUGUUAUUUUUCUAUAUACAAGUUAAUUAAAUUACCAAAAUUACACAUUCAUAAUAUUAAAAUAUGAUUCAUGUUAUAUUGCAUGUUUAUAAAACGUUAUUGUGUAUGUACUUCUUUUUAAACCAAUAAAACGUUUUCUUUUAA